GCGCACGCGCUUUUUGGAGCUUUCCUUGACCUCUGACCCACCGGCAGCCCAUGAGUCGGGACUGCUGGACCAGGAAGUCGGAGCCCGGGCACCCAGAGGCAGAACGGCCGCCAUGGCCAAGUACCUGGCCCAGAUCAUUGUGAUGGGCAUGCAGGUGGUGGGCAGGGCCUUCGCUCGGGCCCUGCGGCAGGAGUUUGCAGCCAGCCGGGCAGCAGCUGAUGCCCGAGGCCGCACCGGACACCAGUCUGCAGCUGCCUCCAACCUCUCGGGCCUCAGCCUCCAGGAGGCACAGCAGAUUCUCAACGUCUCCAAGCUGAGCCCUGAGGAGAUCCAGAAGAACUACGAACAUCUGUUCAAGGUGAACGAUAAAUCCGUGGGUGGCUCCUUCUACCUACAGUCAAAGGUGGUCCGAGCAAAGGAGCGCCUUGAUGAGGAACUCAGGAUCCAGGCCCAGGAGGACAGAGAGAAAGAGCAGCCACCCAAAACGUGACCACUCGGCUCCUCCCACCCACCCCGCCCACUGCCUCUAAUUUAUAGCUCGAUAAUAAAUGUCUUUUCCGCA